CCGCAACUUUCUUGUAAUCUCUCUCUCUCUCUCUCUCUCUCUCUCUCUCUCACACACACGCACACAGUAUCUAUGUUCUUGAGUUUGUGAUCCCAAAACAGUUUUGCAACGUUUUAAUUGAAGAAGAAUUAACAAAACGAAGCACUUUUAUAUGAUAUACAUACUUUCUUGCCGAAAAUCUUGAAAAACUGCUUAUUACAGUAUCGCUUUUUCUGUUUCAAGCAAUGGGAAUAAAAGAAAAACUCAAAACUUGUUCUUCCACUUCAAGAACCUUCAAAGUCUCUUUGGUUAGUUUCAACUGUGGUUUCUGACAAAAAAGAAUGGAUUUUUUCAACACAAUCAAUGGGUAUUCUGAGAACCUAUUUGGGUUCCAAGGUGUAAUAACAAAUGGGUCCUCAUCAAAUUCAUCGUUGAUUUUGGAUAAAGAAAGAGGAGAGCUUGUGAAGGCUAUGCUGAAGCCGGGCGAGAAAAAAGUCAAUGAAGAGAAGGCAUUGAUAGCUAUGAGGAACCACAGUGAGGCUGAAAGACGUAGAAGAGAAAGAAUUAAUGGGCAUUUGACGACUCUAAGGAGCCUAAUUCCUGGCACAGAUAAGAUGGACAAAGCAGCAUUACUGGCUGAAGUUAUUAAAAAGGUAAAAGAGUUGAGAGGGAGUGUCGCAGAAGCUACUAAAGGCACACUUGUGCCGACUGACAUUGAUGAAGUAAGAGUCGAACAAGAAGCAGACCAACGUGAUGGAGCGACGUUUUCCAUCCGGGCAUCUCUGUGCUCUGAUUACAGACACGAGAUUCUCUCUGAUUUAAGACUAGCACUUGAAUCUCUCCCUUUGAAGACAGUGAAGGCCGAGAUCGCUACCUUGGGAAGUAGAAUGGUGAAUGUUUUCGUUGUGACUGGAUGCAACACAGAAAAUGUCGAUAAUAAUAUAGAAGAUUGCCAGCCUCUCAUAGAUUCUGUUCGUCAGGCUCUGAAAUCCGUGCUUGAUAAAUUUUAUGCAUCAGAGGAAUUCACAUCAAGAAACAUGGUUUCGAGCAAAAGGAGAAAAGUUUCGUUUUUCAGUCCUGCGAAUUCAUCUUAUUUGGGAGAUUUCUGGUGAGAAGUUGAUUUCGUUCAUGGCCCUAGUCUCUUUAUGUUUAUGAUAUAGCAAUUUCGACUUCGCUAGCAUAUGCCUUAGCAUACAUGUCUUGUAUAAUAGAAGGGAUGUGCAUGCCAUGUCAUAUGCUUGCUUUUAUGGUUAAUAAGUGUAGUACUUCUUGCAAAAUAAUAAAAAUUUAUGGUUCUAAAUUCUAAUA